AUGGGGCUAUUCAACUUCCUCUGGUCGUGGAUGUGCAGGCGUGUGUUCAAGCGUGUUGACUACGACAAGAACGGCCGCAUAGAUCCCCUGGAGGUUGAGGUGGCGAUCCUGCACCUGUACAACACUGUCAACAAGAGGCUGCCGGGGUGGCAGGACCCACCCACGCGAGCGGAAAUCCAGGCAGCGCUGCGGGCAUAUGAUGCAGACGGCAGCGGCUGCUUGGAGGAGAAGGAAUUCGAGCUCUUUGCCAAGAGCCUCAUGCACAGUGGCCCCGACCAAUUCUUUGCCAGGGUGGGCAAAGAUGCUCUCCUGCGAACCGCCGUGCUGCCGGCAGUCACGGUCGGCGUCAAGAACGCAGCCGGCAACCUGUUCAGCGGCGUGCCCGUAGUGGUGCUGGCGCCCGCGAUUGGCUGCGUCGUUUCGGCCAUCAAGGCCCUCAUACCCAUGUAA